AUGCGUUCUUUGAUCGAAGAAUGGUGGCGGCAAUCCACUGUCAGCUCAUGGCUGAUUAUUUUAUCAGGUCUGGGCUUGAGUUAUGUAGCAGGAUUCACCGUGUAUAACGCAUUUUUCCACCCGCUCCGGAAGUAUCCUGGCCCCAAGCUAUGGAGUGCUUCCCAUAUACCCUUUACAAUCAUGUGGAUGUCUGGCACCGGCCAUAAGAAGAUGCUUGAGUUACAUGAAAAAUAUGGCGACAUUGUACGAAUAGCUCCGAACCAACUCAGUUUCGGAUAUCCUGAAGCCUGGGAAGGGAUGAUGGGCCAUAGAAAGCGGGGACAAGAUGAGAAUGGGAAAGAUCCUGAUUUUUGGAGAGGAGACGACAACCUGACGCUUGUCGGCUCUGAUCGCGAAAGACAUGGCCGAUUACGAAAAAUCCUCUCCCAUGGAUUCUCUGCACAGGCAAUGAUGGAACAGCAGCCCAUUUUUCAACGAUACGCCUCCCUUCUUAUUCAACGGCUCAAGGCAGCUUCUAAAGAGGGCAAAUCAUUGGAAAUAAUUUCCUGGUAUAACUGGACUACCUUUGAUAUGGCUGGAGAUCUGAUCUUCGGCGAGCCAUUUGGAUGCCUAGAGAAAUCACAGUAUCAUCCAUGGGUAAAACUAAUAUUCAUGCACAUCAAGGGAAUAGCUAUCUCCACAGCUGUGAUAAGAUUCCCGUUCGGAAGCAAGUUGAUUGGCUUCUUUACGCCAAAGACCGUGGCAAGGGAUAUUGAAACGCACUCCGAAUUUACAAAGGCGCAGGUUGCGAAGCGUAUGGCUUUCCAGAAUCCGAGACCCGAUUUCAUGGAGUCAAUGAUAAAGGCACAUAAUAAAGAUCAAGCUUCGUACAAAGAGGUUUUGGCGAACGCGCAUAAUUUGAUCGUCGGCAGCUCUGAGACGACCGCAACAACUUUGGCUGGCGCGACUUACCUGUUGGCAUCUCACAAAGAUGUUCUUCUCAAACUUCAGCAGGAACUUAGCCAGUACUUCAGUAGCGAGGAUGAGAUUGAUCUCAUAAGUGUUCAAAAGCUGGAGUACAUGUUCGCAGUGCUGCAUGAGACGCUUCGAAUCUAUCCACCCGUGCCUGCUGCAAUCCCGCGCAAAACACCAGCCGAAGGCUCUAUGAUUGGAACUGAAUACGUGCCCCCAAACACCAUCCUGGGAAUUUGGCAGUGGCCACUGAAUCAUAACCCCAAAUUUUUCAAAGAUCCUGAUUCGUUUGUGCCGGAAAGGUGGCUUGGUGACCCCAAAUACGACAGUGACAAGAAAGGGGCAUUCCAACCAUUCUCGGUUGGCCCUCGGAACUGUAUCGGCAAAAAACUCAUUUUAGCCAAAAUGAUAUGGAAUUUUGAUAUAGAGCUUGACCCCCGCAGUGAAGACUGGCUGGAGAAAAACAUACUCUACUUUCUAUGGGAUAAACCAGAGCUUUAUGUUCGACUUAUCCCAAGAACGACAAACUAG